GGGGGCGCGCUUGAAUUGCUGUAGACAAGGAACACUACAUGAAAUCAACGCAGAAGAAGAAACUGCAGGUCGCUUAUUUCCUGUUUUGUUUCUCCUGAAUAAAUUUUCCAGGGUCAGAGCUGCAGCUGAUGCCUGGCUAAGCCUGAGCUGAGAGGAGAUAAACGAGAUGGCGCAGUGGGGGGCCGUUUUCUCCAUAAUUGCUGCUCUUGGAGGAGCAGCGCUCUUAGCAUCUGUGCACAAGAUUGAGGAAGGACACACUGGCGUGUACUACAGGGGAGGGGCUCUGCUAACAGCCACCAGCGGCCCUGGUUUCCAUCUGAUGUUGCCGUUCAUCACCACCUACAAGUCUGUUCAGACAACGCUACAGACGGAUGAGGUGAAAAAUGUGCCGUGUGGAACAAGUGGAGGAGUCAUGAUUUACUUUGACCGGAUAGAAGUUGUGAACUACCUCGUUCCAUCUGCAGUGUACGACAUAGUGAGAAACUUCACUGCAGACUAUGACAAAGCUUUGAUUUUUAAUAAAGUGCACCACGAGCUCAACCAGUUCUGCAGCGUCCACUCCCUGCAAGAGGUCUACAUCGGCCUGUUCGACCAGAUUGAUGAAAACCUUAAGCUGACUCUACAAGAGGAUCUAACCUCCAUGGCGCCAGGACUCAUCAUACAGGCAGUACGUGUCACCAAACCCAACAUUCCAGAGAGCAUUCGCAGGAACUACGAGCUAAUGGAGAGUGAGAAGACCAAGCUGCUGAUCUCACAGCAGACUCAAAAGGUUGUGGAGAAGGAGGCGGAGACGGAGAGGAUCAAAGCCGUUAUUGAGGCUGAGAAGGUGGCACAAGUCGCAGAAAUCAAGUUUGGACAAAAAAUCAUGGAAAAAGAGACGGAGAAGAAGAUCUCUGAGAUUGAAGACAAAGCCUUCCUGGCGCGUCAGAGGGCCAAGGCGGAUGCAGAGUUCUACACAGCAGAGAGAGCCGCCGAGGCCAAUAAGCUGAAGUUGACUCCAGAGUACCUGCAGCUGAUGAAGUACAAGGCCAUCGCAGCCAACAGCAAGAUCUACUUUGGGAAUGACAUACCUCAGAUGUUUGUGGACUCUGGUUCUGCAGGGAGCUCGAUCAAGGCCUCGGGUGCCUUGGACAUCCUCACUGAGCAGAUUCUGGAUCUGGAUUAAUGAGGGGGCCACAGAACUUUUUUUUUUUUUUUUUUUGUAGAAGUCUGACAUUCAAGCUGGCUGGUUUGGACACCAGCAGUCCAGAACCCGCUUGUCUCUAAAGGACGCACAACUUUCACAGCACUGAACCUUGGUUUUUACUUCCACUCUGAUGGGAUUGUUUCAAACUGUACUUAAGAAGAAAAAUGCAACAUUUGUAUUUGUGCAAUAAAUGUUCACAGAGUUCAGACGUAGUAUUUUGAAGGAUAUCCAGUUGAUUCAACCAUAGAACCAAAGAUGACACAUUUUAAGGCAUUGUUUCUUUGCUCCGGGUUAACCUUUUUGUUGCACGAGAAUGUAAAAACAUGUAAAUCUUUGCAGUUACUGGUAAACUUGAUCAACCAUUUUGGGUCCAACAAAACCUAUUAUUCCAGCUGCAUUAUCCUCUUUCUAUAAAAAUAGUUUUCAGGCUUUCAAUUGACUCUGUGACCAUAAUUACCUAAAAUGAAGUGCAUUCCACUGGGUUGGCAUUCAAAAGCAGGACAUGCUCAAAAGAUUUACCAAAGCUGAGUAGCUUUGUUUGGUGUUACUUUUCAGUUGUCACUUAGAUGUAAAGUUGUGUUUGUUCAGUGUGUUGAUGAAAACUCUCCCACCAAUAUACAUUUUUUUAGUGCCUCUGCUCGUCUCGUCUUCAGGCAGAAAUUUUCUAAAAGAGACUGAGUGAAGAUCUGAGCAGCUCAGGUUGCUCCUACUUUCACCUAAAAAAAGGAUUUCCCAAUGUCUGUUGUGAGUUUGUCUAACUGUUAAGUGAUUGAGAAAACAUUUCAAAGACAUGAAGGAGAAUAUGUCAGCAGCUAUGAUGAAACCCAGGAUCGUUGUGACCGAAUCAAAGCAUCCGUCAUUCAAACGUUGCCGUUUAACUUGAUUGUAAGGACGUUCAUCUGGAUUGUGUUUGUGCGCGGGUACCAAGUUCAGAUACUACACAAACGUUUUUCACAUUUCCUGAGAAAAAGAAAAACAAAUCCCUCCAAGUUUAAACUGACAUUUCAAGCCAUUGUCUUCUUUUGUUGAAGGAAUUCUUUGGUACGACUCAAUUUCAAUUUUCAGAUGAACUUUUUCCUCUCAUAAAUGCGUUUCCCUUUUUUCAGGUUAUUUUGGUGAUUAUUCAAUAGAUUGACCGACAGUGAUUCAGGCGGCAGUUUUGGCACCAUGGCUCAGCUGAAGGAUCUAAGUUCAUCCUGACAACUUCUGACCUGUUGUUUCAACAGCAGUUUUCACUCAAUGUCUGGUUCAUGCGAAAGCGAUCCACUUUUCAAAGACCCUUUGUUUGUGUCCCAGUUCUGACAUCUGCUCUUUUUCCAAAUCUGGAUCAAAUGACUGACUUGAUGGGUGAAAAGUUUUUGCACUGAUUUUAAGCAUGAAUGUACUGUGGAGGUAAAGGGUCUUUAGAUGAAGAGUUACUGGUAUGUUCUGUGAGACUUCUGUGACUUGAGAGGCUCUUAUUUGCGAUCACACUGAAAGUUUGAAGGUUUCUUCUUUGUACGACUCUACAAGUGUGUUUCAAAUGUAAUAAAACACCUAAAACCCAC